GGGAAGUGACGUCACAGCGCCAUGGCGGCGGCUCCUUCAGGCAGCUGAAGGGGGAUUUAGGCCCGGAAGAUCCGAGUCCAUCCGCGGCGGGGAGAGGGCGAGCGGGGCCGGCGGGGCCCGGAGCAAGGGCGGCGGCGCUCGGACUGUCCCAUCCGCCCCGUAUUGAGGCGCUGGGAGCGGCGGGGUGGCCGGAAAGCGAUGGUGAAAGCGGGGCCGUGAGGGGGGCGGAGCCGGCAGCCCGACCCGCAGUAGCGGCAGCAGCGGCGCCGCCUCCCGGAGCUCAGACCCAGGAAGCGGCCGGGAGGGUCGGAGCGAGCCGGGCCGCGCCGCCGCCAUGGAGCUCCGAGUCGGGAACAGGUACCGGCUGGGCCGCAAGAUCGGCAGCGGCUCCUUCGGAGACAUCUAUCUCGGUACGGACAUUGCUGCAGGAGAAGAAGUUGCCAUCAAGCUUGAAUGUGUCAAAACCAAACACCCUCAGCUCCACAUUGAGAGCAAAAUCUACAAGAUGAUGCAGGGAGGAGUGGGCAUCCCCACCAUCAGGUGGUGUGGGGCGGAAGGCGACUACAACGUCAUGGUGAUGGAGCUGCUGGGGCCCAGCCUCGAAGACCUCUUCAACUUCUGCUCCCGCAAGUUCAGCCUCAAAACCGUCUUGCUCCUUGCCGACCAGAUGAUCAGUCGUAUUGAAUACAUUCAUUCGAAGAACUUCAUCCAUCGAGAUGUGAAGCCAGACAACUUUCUCAUGGGCUUGGGGAAGAAAGGCAACCUGGUGUACAUCAUCGACUUUGGGCUGGCCAAGAAGUAUCGGGACGCCCGCACCCACCAGCACAUCCCCUACCGCGAGAACAAGAACCUGACCGGCACAGCGCGGUAUGCUUCUAUUAACACGCACCUCGGCAUCGAACAGUCUCGAAGGGACGACCUGGAAUCACUGGGAUAUGUGCUCAUGUACUUCAACCUGGGCUCCCUGCCCUGGCAGGGGCUGAAGGCCGCCACCAAGCGACAGAAGUAUGAGAGGAUCAGCGAGAAGAAAAUGUCAACGCCCAUCGAAGUGCUGUGCAAAGGCUACCCCUCUGAGUUUGCCACAUAUCUGAAUUUCUGCCGCUCGCUGCGCUUUGACGACAAGCCCGACUACUCGUACCUGCGCCAGCUCUUCCGGAACCUCUUCCACCGGCAGGGCUUCUCCUACGACUACGUGUUCGACUGGAACAUGCUCAAGUUCGGAGCCAGCCGGGCUGCUGAUGAUGCAGAGCGGGAGCGCCGGGACCGCGAGGAGCGCUUGAGACACUCCCGGAACCCAGCCACCCGUGGCCUCCCUUCCACGGCCUCGGGCCGGCUGAGGGGGACACAGGAAGUGGCUCCUCCCACCCCCCUCACCCCUACCUCACACACCGCUAACACCUCUCCUCGGCCCGUGUCCGGCAUGGAAAGAGAGCGGAAAGUGAGUAUGCGGCUGCACCGCGGCGCCCCCGUCAACAUCUCCUCAUCCGAUCUCACGGGCCGACAAGAUACCUCCCGCAUGUCCACCUCACAGGGCCGGCCCGCCUCACCACAGCUGUCUCUCCCACCUCAGAAUAGCAUUCCCUUCGAGCACCACGGCAAGUAGCUGCGCGGCCCCGCUGGAAGGCAGCACCGAUCCCAGGUCGGGUGGCUUCCAGCGGUCUUCAGUCUGCUGUGCACCGGUGAGGACUCUGCUUGUCCCGUGAAGGGCAGACAUGCAUGGCUGAUCUACUCUGUUACAGUGGCUUACUAGUGGCACGCCCCCGGUCUAGGGCCGGAUGUUAACACCGGGACUCUCCAGGCCACCCACCCAGCGACACCCCUGGGGGAACAGACACAAACUAAACCAGACAGACUCCAAGCGCUGCCUUCGCCGGGCGCUGCCACCGAGGCCGCGCAGACUCGGCCCCGAAGGGCCGGGACAUGGCAGAGUGUGGCCCCCACUCCGCAGCUGGUCAGCCCUGCGUGGCGGCACUCCGCUCCCCGACGAGUCUGCUGUAACUUCCGACUUCCACUUGGUUAAGACAGUUUUGUAUCAUUUUGCUAAAAAUUACUGGCUUAAAUCUGUGUAAAGAACCCUGUCUUUUUCUUGUUUCUUUCUUGUCUGUUUCGCGGUCUUGAGAAAGAUGUUGACUUUAAAGAAUCCUGAAACCAAGACGCCAGUGGAGUUCCCGCGCAGAUGGCGCCGGGCAGGAGAGGGCUGAUCUGCGCUUUGUGCUUCUGUCUGUCCUGUGGUCCCUGUGGAGAAGGGUUUUUCUCUUUCGACGUCUAGUUGCACGUGUGCGUGUGUGUGCGCGCCUGUGCGCACAUGUGUGCGUGUGUACGCGUGCGUGUGUUGUGACCCGCUACCUGGUUUUGGCCGUUGCUCUCCCUUGGCCACCCUGAGCCGAAGGCCUGAGCGCCGUGACGUCCCGCAGCCUCGGACUUAGUCAUCACAGCAGGUCCAUCGGAGGACACGAGACUGCUCGUCCUGGUCACGCCUGCGCCCUGUGGACUGACCUGGCCACUAGUUGUUGCCUCAUUACCUUGGCGUCUGGGGGCUUUGUGGCCAGACCCGUGCAGAUGUGCAACCAGGAUGGGUGCGCUGACCCUGCGGCGUCCGGUGAGACAGUGGAGGACGUGGACAGGAGUGGUGCUGUGUGCAUUUGUGGGCACCUUCAUCCCCAGAGCCAGCAGUUGGAAGCGGGGUGCCUGCUGGACGCGCUGGCCAAGGACUCCUGUGGGCUGUGUAGCCCGUUUAGCUGCACUCCGGCCCCUCAGCUGACCACUGCGCACUUGGGCAGGUGUUGGUCGUGGGGAGGGGACAGGACUGCGACCCUGGAACAGCAGAGGCCUGGGUGGUCACGGCACUGUUGAGGCCUUCACCGUGACCUGCUCCCCCAGACGGUCAGCAGCUGCAGGCCUCACUGUCGCCAUGUCUGCCUGGAGCCCAGGCCCUUCUGGGACUGGGCUGUGCACUAGGGCCGUGUCCUCAAGUAGCCUAUGGGCAGCUGGACGCUGCAUCUGACCCACCCGGCACAGCCCAUGCGUCGGGGCCCGUGUCUGGGCUGCGUGUUCUGCGCCCGCUGAGCCUGUGUCCUUCCCAUCGUGUAAAUAAUAAACUCGACGACUCGCCUCUCCCCUC